AUGAUCAACACCCAGAGUUUGUGGCCCAAACCCUUGGAAGAAUGGGAUAAAAGACCUCAGAAGGAGUCAAGGAGAGGAGCAUCCAGCACAUCCGGGAGAGGAACCACCAAUUUCCCAAGAAGCAGUGGCCGCUUGGAUUCCACCCUAGUGCACAACACCCACCGUAGGCCCCUCCGCAAGCUUAACCGGAGACACCUCAGCUCUGAGAACAAGGCCCCAAAGGUGCGUUUCUUUUGUAAUGGGGAUGGGUCCUUCAGUGGCUUGGUAUGCUCUGUUUCCAGAAGCACUUUCCACUCCUUUGAUGCCUUGCUCCAGGAACUCACCCACUUGUUGGCUGACCAGGUGAGCCUGCCCCAGGGAGUUCGCAGUAUCUACACCAUCGAUGGGAGUCGCAAGAUCACCUGCCUAGGGGAGCUAGAGGAAGGUGAAAGUUAUGUGUGUGCUUCAGAUGAACCAUUUUGUCAAAUUGACUACAUGCAAAAUCUUUCUCCAUCCUGGCAUGUAAAUAUCAAGAUUGGGACCUCUAGAGCCCGCGGUACUACCUCUUCCACUAAAAAUGAAGAGAAGGACAGCAAAUAUCUUCUCAAACCCAAGUUAGUCACCAUAGUUAGAAGUGGAGUGAAAUCUAGAAAAUCUGUGAAAAUCCUUCUCAAAAGGAAGACUUCUCAUUGCUUGGAAAAAGUCUUAACAAAUCUCUCCCAAACCAUUAAACCAGAGUCAAGAAUGGUCAGGAAACAUCGUACAUUGGAAAGAAAGCAGGUUACUUCUCUACAAGAUAUUUUUGGUGAUAUUGCUUCUAUUGCAUAUGGAUCAGAUGAAGUCCCUCAUCUUCAGGAUAGUUCUGUGUCUGAUUACAACCAGUAUCUUCCCCUUGAGUCAUCACAAACUUCCUCCAAGCCCAUUAAGUGUUCUGUGUCCAACAGCCCUGGAACCUCUUCAGGUAGCAAACAACACACAUUAGUUAAUGGAGCACCUAGCAGUCACCUUGAAACUCCUAAAGGUACAAAAUCCUUGGCUUCCUCUCCAACUAAGCAGGAUGUCUCCCUAGAAGCUUCCCAAGGAUUUAAGAAGCUGUCUAGACCUGGCAUGUCUUCUCCCAAUGUAAAAAGCAGAGCUGAACGUAAUCAUUCCUCGAGUCGCAGUCAUAUCACUGGGAGUGACAAAUCAUCUGCAUUAUCAACUUUUCAUAAUAAAUACAAGAUUGGGGAAGUUAUUGGUAAUGGAAAUUUUUCAGUAGUCAAAUUGUGCACAAACCGUUACACUGGAGAGGAGUUCGCCCUAAAGAUAAUAGAUAAAACCAAAUAUCGCAAAAAGGAACAUCUGAUUAUGAAUGAAGUGACCAUAUUAUGUGAACUAAAGCAUCCAAAUAUCAUUACUUUGGUGGAGAACAUAGAGAAAGAAAAAGAGCAUCUUUUGGUCAUGGAGCUGGUCAAAGGAGGAGAUCUCUUUGAUGCUAUUACUUCUUCAAGCAAAUUCUCAGAGGAAGAAAGCAGCGCUAUGUUGCAGGACCUGGCCAAUGCCCUCUAUUAUCUUCAUUGCCUGCUAAUUGUUCAUAGAGAUAUCAAACCAGAGAACCUGUUGGUAUUUCAGCAUCCUAACGGAACCAAGUCCUUGAAGGUUGGAGAUUUUGGCUUAGCUACGGUGGUGUCAGGCUUCCUCUACACGAUCUGUGGCACACCUACAUACUUGGCCCCAGAGAUUAUUGCAGAAAAGGGCUAUGGCUUGAAGGUGGACAUUUGGGCAACUGGUGUGAUCACAUAUAUUCUACUCUGUGGCUUCCCACCAUUUAUCAGUAAGAGCAAUAAUCAGGAAGAACUUUAUAGUAAGAUCUUAGCUGGACAGGUACAUUUUCCAACUCCCCACUGGAAUAACAUCUCUGGUGCAGUGAAGGAAUUAAUCCGUCAAAUGCUUCAGGUAAAUGUUCAAUCUAGGUAUACUGCAGCUCAAAUCUUGAGACACCCCUGGGUGUCAGAUUAUGCAUCUCACAAGAUGCAUACACAUACUAAAGUAACAAGUAAAUUAAAGUAG